UAAAAAUAUGUAAAAUGUAACUUAUUUUAUAGACGGCCCUUUGUACGUACAGGCCGUUGAGCCUGGAAGAAGUAGACUGGCCCAAUUGAUUAUGAACAUCGGGUAUAUGUUUUUGCAUCAGUCUGUUCACGACCAUUUUCACUCUUCAGAAAAUGUCUCGGGAGUGGCUACGAAAUAUGAUUGCUGAGCGACAAGAGGCUCUGAAAAAUUUUAUUCUCGCGGAUGCAGAAACGAUUUCUUUGGAUGCGACGGUACCUUUGAAAUUAAACAAUAUAUUACCAACAUCCACAAUCAUCGUAACUGGUUUCAUCCCCAACAAUGCAUCCAGAUUUUCGGUGAAUUUAACGUGUAGAACUCAGGGAAACAUAGCAUUGCAUUUUAAUCCACGAUUAGAUCGAGGCUAUGUCGUGAGAAAUACGAGAGUUAAAAACCAUUGGCAAGCAGAAGAGACAAGCUCACCACUUUUGCCCUGUGGAUACAUUUUUCGUCGACAUGCCUACUUCCAUAUUAUGAUAUUUUGUACUCCACAUGACUUCCAGAUAGCAGUUAAUGGUGAACACUUUUGUGCCUUUUCCUAUCGAAUGCCACUUUCCGAAAUUACGUGCCUUGAAGUUGAUGGCGAUGUAGAAGAAACCAGAGCACGCCAAACUACCCUCGACGUCUAUCCGGAUCCAAAAAUUUGCAAACCAUUUCGGAAUUACGAAUUAAAAGAUGAGGAACCACUUCGUGAAAAUCUUCAAGUACCAGUGACUAUAAGGUUGCCAAAUGGCGUUUCUCAUGGAACUCGAUUAUUUAUCAAAGGCAGGUUGAAACUGCUUCCUUAUUUGUUCUACGUGAAUUUGCAAAAAGGAAAUUUAAUAUACCCUCAUCCAGAAAUAGCCUUGCAUAUUAAUCCAAGAUUUCAUUAUGGAAAUGCGCCUGCCUGUGUCGUUUUCAAUUGCUGGACAGAAGGAAAAUGGUCUAAUGAAGAAAGACACGAAGGACAUCUUUCUUGGGGUCCUGGAAGGGAUUUUUUAUUCACGAUACGGGUAGAAUUUGAAGGCUACACUGUUUGGUUGGGUAAUAAAAUGAUUGGAGAAUUUAAGCAUCGAAUGAAGCCAUCCAUCGUCAAUACUCUUCAAAUAUCUGGAGAUGUGGUUUUGAAUGAAAUAGCCAUAACUUAUCCUAAUGUUAGUUCAUAAUUUUUUUUCUGAAAAACUCUCGUUAGAAAAUAAUUUUAAAAAAUUCGCUUAGGCUUCCAAAUGAAUAACGCUUACGUCCAGAAUUUCAAAAUCGCCUAAUUUUAAAGUACCUACCAAAAAUGUGGUGAAGGCACUUCCAUGAAAUUCUUUCGAUUGUUUUUAAUAUUCUCUCAUUUUUAAAAUAAUUUCCAUCAAAGUUAACAUUUUUCUUCUUAAAAAAGUUAAAGCCACUUUUAAGGAAGUGUCUUCACUGAGCUUAUUUUAAAAGACUGAAGUGUUUAUUUCAUUAUAAUUAAAUAUAUAUUAUUCUUGUUUUUUGGGAAAAUACUUUAAAUAAUUUUAAUUUUUUCAACAAAAAAUAGGUUUAUUUGAAAAAAACAAUUCUGUCAAAUUAUCGGUUUUAAAUUUUGAAUAAAUUUACAUUCAUCAUUACAUUUUUUGACUUGUAAUGAGACGGAUAAUAAGGAAUUGUGAUAAAAAUAAGAAAAAGUGAUAUAGUAUGCAAUAUAUAAGGUAUAUAUGUUCAAGUGUGUGAAUAUUCACUUGAAAAUUUCAUGAGUAUGAAUACGUUUUUUAUAUGAAGUUUUCUUUAUAUGUAAAUAAAAAGUUUC